AUGGCGGCCAGGUGCUCCUCACGCUGGCUGAGCGCGGCGGCCGGGAGGAGCCGGGGCCUCGGCGGGGACACGCGGCUGCUGGUGGUGUGGCUGGGCCGGCGGCUGAGCGCGGCCCCCGCCGCCUUCCCGCCCCGCGCCGGGUCAGGGAGCCGCUUCCUGACAUUGAACGGCGGGCUGAGCCCCGCGGGAACUAAAUGCUCUCCUUUAAUAUGUGCUGCCUCAUUUCAUACCAGUUCUGCUUUCUACGCCAAAGAAGAUUACUACCAGAUUUUGGGAGUGCCUCGAAAUGCCACCCAGAAGGAGAUCAAGAAAGCCUAUUACCAGCUUGCCAAGAAAUACCAUCCCGACACAAAUAAGGAUGACCCUAAAGCUAAGGAGAAGUUCUCUCAGCUGGCAGAAGCCUAUGAGGUGUUAAGUGAUGAAGUGAAGAGAAAACAAUAUGAUACUUAUGGUACAGCUGGCUUUGACACCGGGUCAGCGGGUGCUGGACGUCAGUAUUGGGGUGGUGGUCCCACCAUUGACCCAGAGGAACUUUUCAGGAAAAUCUUUGGGGAGUUUUCAGGAUCCUCUUUUGGAGAUUUUCAGGGUGUCUUUGACCAGCCACAGGAGUACAUCAUGGAGCUGACAUUCAAUCAAGCUGCAAAAGGUGUUAACAAGGAGAUUGUUGUGAAUAUCAAUGACUCUUGUCAGCGGUGUGAUGGCAAGGGGCAUGAGCCUGGUACUAAAGUGCAGCACUGUCACUACUGCAAUGGCACUGGCAUGGAGACAAUAAACACAGGCCCUUUUGUGAUGCGUUCUACAUGCCGGCGAUGUGGAGGCCGUGGUUCUGUUAUGACAACACCGUGUGUGUUGUGUCGCGGCUCAGGGCAAACCAAACAGAAGAAGAAUGUGAUGGUCCCUGUACCAGCAGGUGUGGAGGAUGGACAGACUGUUCGGAUGCCCGUAGGAAAGAGAGAAAUUUUCAUUACAUUCAGGGUUCAGAAAAGCCCCAUGUUCAGAAGAGAUGGAGCAGAUGUACACUCAGACCUCUUUAUCUCAAUAGCACAGGCAGUUCUUGGAGGUACAGCCAGAGCUCAGGGUCUAUAUGAGACCAUCAAUAUCACGAUACCGCCUGGUAUUCAAGCAGAGCAGAGGAUUCGAAUGAGUGGGAAAGGCAUUUCCAGGGUUAACAGUUAUGGUUAUGGAGACCACUACAUUCAUAUAAAGAUCAGGGUUCCUAAGAGGUUGACAGAUCGCCAGCGAGCCUUAAUGAUGAGCUAUGCUGAGGAUGAGACGGAUGUGGAAGGGACAGUGAAUGGAGUCACAAAUACAUCUGCUGAUGGCAGGGCCACGGAUAGCUCUGAAGCAGGCGAGGAUAGGCCUGAGGCUGAGGCGGGGGAGAACAAGGAGGGAUUCCUUACCAAACUUAAGAAAAUGUUUAGCUCCUGA